ACGGGCGCGGCGGCCCGUGACUGGUAGCGCGGCCGUGGCGGAGCCGCCGCGCCCUAGAGUCCCCGGGGGGCUCCCGCUGCUGUGUGGGCACCGCUCGGUGCGCGCCCCGAGCCCGCUCUGAGCACUGACGGGCUCCGUCAGCAGCCUCCCCACGCCGGAGCCCCGCCCCGGCGGCCGCUCCGCCCCUGUCCCGGCGUGCCCGGUCGUUGGCGAUGGCGGAGAGCGGCGGGAGCGGCCGGGGCCCACCGUGCCUUGGGGCGGCCGCGGCGCUGAGGCGCUGGGAGCAGCUGAGGCGGCGGGCGGCGACUCCCUGGGCCCGCGGGCUCCUGGCCGUGGCCGCGGGGCUCGGGCUCCUGUACGCGGUGCUGCGGGUGCCGCUGCGGCUGCGGGACGGCCUAGCCGCCGUGACCAUGUUCUUAAGCACUUUGACUCCAAAAUUCUACUUUGCCCUUACAGUGACUUCGUCCUUUAUAUCUGGGCUGAUAUUUGUGUUUGAGUGGUGGCACUUCCGAAAAUACGGCACGUCUUUCAUUGAGCAGGUUUCUGUGAGCCAUCUCAGGCCCCUCAUUGGGGGUGCAGAGAACAGCCCCCCACCCCCAGCAGCCUUCUCAGCAGGGGACAAUGACACCAGCAGGCAGAACAUGCCAGAGUGCAAAGUGUGGCGAAAUCCACUCAAUCUUUUCCGAGGGGCAGAGUAUAGCAGGUACAUGUGGGUGACUGGGAAGGAGCCUCUUACUUACUAUGACAUGAAUUUGUCAGCUCAAGACCAUCAGAACUUUUUCACCUGUGACACAGAUGCCCUCCGGCCUUCGGACACAGUUAUGCAGAAGGCCUGGCGAGAGAGGAACCCUCAGGCCCGGAUUAAAGCAGCAUAUCAAGCUCUGGAGUUGAACAAUGAUUGUGCCACUGCAUAUGUCCUCCUGGCUGAGGAAGAAGCAACAACAAUUGUGGAUGCUGAGAAGUAUUUCAAGCAGGCUCUGAAAGCAGGAGAAAUGAUUUACAGAAAGUCUCAGAACUGCCAUUCCCAGAGCCCCCAGCACGAAGCACAGCUGAGUAAGGACUUGGAAUCCCAUAAACUCUUGGGAAGAGACACCAAUGUAUUGGUCUAUGUGAAGAGGAGAUUAGCAAUGUGUGCCAGGAAGCUUGGGAGAAUAAGGGAAGCAGUAAAAAUGAUGAGAGAUCUGAUGAAAGAGUUUCCACUUCUCAGCAUGCUGAAUAUUCAUGAAAACCUCCUGGAGGCACUGCUGGAGUUACAGGCUUAUGCAGAUGUCCAGGCAGUUUUAGCCAAGUAUGAUGAUAUCAGUCUUCCCAAAUCAGCAGCAAUAUGUUACACAGCAGCCCUGCUAAAAGCCAGAGCUGUUUCAGAAAGGUUCUCCCCAGAAACUGCCUCCAAAAGAGGGCUCAGUACAGCAGAAAUUAAUGCUGUGGAAGCAAUUCACAGAGCUGUGGAAUUUAACCCUCAUGUUCCAAAGUAUUUACUAGAAAUGAAGAGCUUAGUGCUGCCUCCAGAGCACAUUCUGAAGCGAGGGGACAGUGAGGCAGUAGCCUAUGCUUUUUUUCACCUCCAGCACUGGAAGAGGAUAGAAGGGGCUCUAAAUCUGCUGCACUGCACGUGGGAGGGCACAUUUAGGAUGAUCCCAUACCCACUAGAGAAAGGACAUCUUUUCUAUCCCUACCCGAGCUGCACCGAAACUGCAGACAGAGAACUGUUGCCAACAUUUCACGAGGUCUCCGUUUACCCCCAGAAGGAACUUCCCUUUUUCAUCCAUUUCACAGCAGGCCUGUGCUCCUUUUCAGCCAUGCUGGCCCUGCUCACCCACCAGUUCCCUGAGCUGAUGGUCAUUUUGGCUAAAGCUGUGCUGCGGGUGCUGUGGCCGGUGAGUGCUCCCAGUGUCUUGGCCUCCAGCUGAGUGGACCCUGCCAGGGUGCUUUGGGACUCUUCUUCCACCCUUCAGCUUCACUGUGGAACACAAUGAGGUCCUGCUGCUGCCCAGCCCGUGGCUUCAGCCGACUCCAGUGUGACUGGAGUGUGUUUUCCAUGAUAGUUUGGUUUGUUCUCGUGAGCCUCACCCUGGUGGUUGGCUGACCCCGGUCCUGGGGGGCAAGGAAGAAAUCUGGGCUCUUCAAACUGACAUCUUUGACAGGCUUCCAUGUUGAUGGUGCUUAACAUAUGAAUUUCUUCUUUGGCCUUAGUCUAUAGUCAUCUAAGAAAAUAGUUUUUGUUGAGCAAUAGUUUAUUGCUCUCUAAAUCACUUGGACAACUGGAAGCUCAUACUUCCUCUGUAAGAAAGGAGAGUACACAAACUGAGCAGGUGUUUGGAGUAUUGAUACUUCCUUCUCAGCUGCAGAUGCACCAGAUACUUGGCUUAGAUUUAAUUUUAUAAGCCUUUUUCAAAAUAUUUGUUAACAGCAAAGUAUGAUUUUGCUUUCUUUAUUAAAAAGUUGCUUCUUAACACAUUGAA